AUGGACAGAAAACGCAUAGCAAUCGUCGGUAGCGGCGUCUCCGGCCUCAGCGCGCUGUGGACCCUCCGCAAUGCAGGUCACGAAGUCCACCUCUUCGAGGCAGCAGAUCGGUUGGGCGGCCACACCAAUACAGUGACGUGGAAACACGAUGGCCUCGAGACGCCCGUCGACACCGGCUUCAUCGUUCUCAACACCGCGACUUACCCAAACUUCAUCAAGUUCCUGAAUGCUCUCAACGUGAGGAUAGAUACAUCAGAGAUGACUUUUGGUGUAUCACGCGACGCUGGUGCAUUUGAAUGGUCAGGCACCUCGCUCGGCGGGCUCUUCACACAGACCUCAAACAUCAUCAAACCUUCCUUCUGGCGUAUGGUCUUUGACAUCGUUCGGUUCAAUCAAUUUGCGCUGGACCUGCUAUCAAUACCGCCGGGAUCCGCUGCUGCAACCAAAGCAAAUCAGGAGAGCAUCGGCCAGUACUUGGAGAGGAACGGCUACUCGGAUGUGUUUCGAGACGACUACCUGAUUCCCAUGACAGCAUGUGUCUGGAGCACUGGGGCUGACAAGUGUGCCUUGGAGUUCCCAGCCCUUACCCUUGUAAGAUUCAUGUGGAAUCAUCACCUGUUAACUACAGUGAGUGAGCGACCGCCGUGGUUGACGGUGCAUGGCGGCGCGAAGAACUACAUCGAUGCUGUUAUGAAGGAGUGCAAAGACGUGGAUCUCCACCUAAGCACAUCAGUGACAUCGCUUCAGCGGAAAGAUGGCCGAGUCCGGCUGACCCUAGACAACAACUCCACUCGCACAGAAGAGACAUUUGACUCGGUGAUUCUUGCUUGCCACGGCGACCAGGCACGGAAUAUUCUCGGCUCUUCCGCCACAGUUGAAGAGAGCGAUAUCCUGGACGCUUUCGAGACAACACCCAACACCGCUUACCUCCACUCUGAUCUCAGCCUCAUGCCUAAACGACGCGGCGCGUGGUCAGCAUGGAACUACCUCACGACAACCUCUCCCGCGCCCUCGUCCACCAACCCCUCCGGCAAUCUUCAGACAGUCAGCUUGACGUACAACAUGAACAUCCUGCAGCAUAUCCCCGUUGACAAAUUCGACAACGUGCUUGUCACGCUCAACCCAGAGCAGCGCCCGGACCCAGCCUUGACGCAGGCACAGUACGAGUACCGCCACCCACUGUACAACAGCAAGAUGGUUGCUGCGCAAGAAGAGCUGCAUCGGAUCCAAGGCAAGAGCGGAGUGUGGUAUGCAGGCGCGUGGACGGGGUACGGAUUCCACGAGGACGGGUUCAGCAGCGGGAUGAGGGUAGGGCUGCAGUUGGGAGGCAGUGUGCCGUGGGAGGCCCAGGACGCAAAGUUCAGCCGCGGGCUGAAGCCAGAGCUCGACUGGAAAGACUGGGUCGUUCGAUCGGUCGUCAUCGUCGUACAGCUCUGGAUUACUGCAGUGGAAGUCCUUGUCGGCCACAAAUCAACCGGGAACAGCAUUACAAAUGGCAAGCCCAAAACCGCAUAA